UCAGAACAUUGUAUCAAUUUCCUUAUCGCUCUCUCUUCCGAAAAUAUUCUGCUUCGAACUCCCUUGGCGACCUUGUUCAAGAAAGAUACAAGGAUAUGGCUUCCAUCACCAUUCGCAGAGCUACAGAAGCCGAUGAAGCUGCUUUAUCUCGCAUCUGCCUUCUCACCGCAGAUGCUGGAAAAUCAGCAGAACAUCUCCAUGACUUUGGCGAACUGCCGGGUCUUGUUUAUGCUGUCCCAUACGUCAAGCUUCCUACGACCUGGGGCUUCGUCCUGGUCGAUGACACACACACAGUCGUGGGGUACAUCCUCGGUUCCAAGGAUACCCGUGCGUACGAGCAGUAUGCCGCAGAACAUUGGUGGCCCGUGCUUGCAGAGAAAUACCCACCCGAAUCAGCUACCAAGCCUGCUGACGUGCGGUACAUGCAUCUGCUGAGGGCCAUGCACACAGCGCCUGCAGCCAAUAUCACCUUUGCUUCUGCCCAUCUGCAUAUCGACAUUUUACCCGAGUACCAGAAGCAAGGGUGGGGAAGGAAGUUGAUGCAGACGGCACUGGAUUACCUCAAGGGCGAGAACAUAGAAGGUAGUGGGGUAUGGCUGGGGCUGGAUCCUAGAAACGAGGGCGCUAGGAAAUUUUACGAGAGAUUAGGAUUCGCGGCCAUUGAAGGAGCGCCAGAGGGGAACAUGGGUAUCAAGUUUCAAUGAUAGCGCUUAGGGAACAAAUGAUGAAUACGCGAAUAAUAAUAAUAUCUCAUUUUGCGGAUAU